AUGCAGGGAACAACAAAUAAACACAUCUCACGAUUACUGAAAAUCAUCACUGAUGAUUCUCCAUCAUUGCGCCAGGCUAUGCAACGUGUAGCCACGAUUUAUGGUAUUUCAGUUGUUUCUAUCGUGGUCAAGUGGCGUCGAAUGGCCCCACAAGAAAAACUUGCGAUGCUCCAACGUAUUUUCAGCAAUGCUACGCUUACGGUUGUCCUAUUCAAUGGGUUUCCUUUAGUUUCAAAGAUCACUGGAAACAGAUUUAUUUCAUUCAAUACACUAUUGCUGAUUUAUAGCACUGGCGAAAUACCAUUAUCUGUUACAAGCUAUGUUAUGGUAGAAUCGGUAGCCGAUUGGUUGCAAAAUUUCCCAUCGGUUGAAGCAGUGCUUCGGGGUUGGGAUGACCAUACAUGUAACGCACUAAGGCAGGGCAUAUUUUGCCUGAUAAUUCCAAUGCUUUAUCACGCGAGAAAGUCAAGAGCUCGAGAUCUAAUAUUUCGCCGUAAGUCUUUCAUAAAGGACUUCGCACUUUUGUACUCGCUCUGGAAUGCCAUCUCAUUUUAUCAGUACUUGAAGUCGUCUUUGUACAAAGGAAAUUCUAAGCAGAAACGCAAAAGCGUAGAAAGCAUAAAUGAGCAAGCAACUUAUCCUCCUAAUUCGAGGUUUCUCGUGGAUAAGCUGAAAGAAAUAAGAGAGUUAAAGACUUCGAAGUCGAUACUCGAAACAAUAACAAGUUGCUGUUUUGGCGAAAAUUUGACCGUAUCUUUUAAAUGGGCGGUUUGGCGACAGCUUCUGUGGCUACUAUUUAAGACACCGUCUUCAUUAUGUUCCCAUAUGCAAGCUUCCAUCACUUUAAUGAUCGGGUUUCUCAUUCUCGAUGGUGCAGGAGAUCAUAUGAAUAUAAGACCAGGUGUGCUAAAAUAUCUUAUCAGAUGUGUCGUGAGUGACAGACUCAGUGGUAGUGGCUUCGAAAAAUCAGCAUUCAUGGUAGGUGCCGACCUAUCUUAUUACAAUUAUUUUCACAGUAAUCACGCGUUGUAA